UACAAAGAUGAAGUACCUAUUGGUAGAUAACUGUUAACCCCGUUAAUUUAUCCAGUGAUUUGUUAUUGUAUGAAUGACGAUAAAAGUCAUUAAGUUGAUCUACGACAAAGGUUGAUUCGGACUGGACCCUAAUGUUCAAUCUGGUGCUCUGUAUUUUGGUUUGUAUACAAUAAUUGUUUGAUUGGAUAGGUCUGUCAUGAGGUCUUUAAUUCUAGUUGUGGUUAUCUCUUGUGUUGCCUAUGUUCAAUCCAGAGCGCCAUUAAUAACAACAGAGGACCAUGCUCCGAACAAGUUCAUCGUUGUUCUCAAGAAUGGAUUUGACGUCACUAAGGUGAUAAACGAAUUGCAAGGGAUCGCUAUCAAGAAUGAGCUUCGCCUGAACGUCAAACACCAUUACAAUACCGUUCUGAGAGGAUUUAGCGUUACGGCACCAUUGGCUGCUAUAGAGUUGGUGCGUAGUCAUUCGUCAGUAAAUUACGUUGAAGAGGACGGAUAUGCCUACGCCGAUGAAACGUGGGGAUUGGAUAGGAUCGACCAAGUGAGACUACCACUAGACGACAAGUUUGUCCCAGAGGGUGAUGGCAGUGGUGCACAUGUCUACGUACUGGACACUGGUGUGCGCACAACCCAUGAAGAAUUCAAUGACAGAGCUCAGUUUGUAAAAGAUUUCAUGGACGACCCAGAGGGUAAUGGAACCGAUUGUAGAGGUCACGGGACACAUUGCAGUGGGACUGUCGGCGGAACAAAAUACGGCGUCGCCAAACGAACAAAUAUCUACGGAGUACGGGUACUGGGAUGUGACGGAAGGGGCACCUGGUCUGGCAUCAUAGCCGCUAUUGAUUGGGUUGCGGUGAAUGCUAUUCGACCGGCAGUUGCAUCCAUGUCUCUCGGAGGGGGUGGAACUACAUCUGUUGACGCAGCGGUCAACAAACUCUAUGAUGAGGGUAUUCUGUCACUUGUUGCUGCUGGAAAUAAUAACUAUGAUUCCUGCAGAAAAUCCCCCGCCAGAGCAUCAAAAGCGAUUACAGUUGGAGCGACUAACAUUCGUGACAUCAGGGCAUCAUUUUCUAACUACGGUGGAUGUGUCGAUAUAUUUGCUCCUGGAAGAAACAUCACCGCUGCAUAUAACGGAGCAGAUGACCACUACAGAACUAUUAGCGGCACAUCAAUGGCUACACCUCAUGUCGCAGGUGUAUGUGCAUUGCAUUUAAGCCGUGAUUCUAGUUUAAGUCCAGCUCAACUGACCAACUUGAUUCUGAACGAGGCGUCACGUGACCAACUUAUGGACAUCAAGGAUUCACCUAACCUUCUGUUGUACAUCAAUGGGAGAGUGAGAACGUAGAUUACAUAUUAUGCAACCAAUGGAGUAGACUACAAGUUCUUGUUGAGGAGCGACCAGAAUCUCUUCUCCCAAAAUGGCUGAAUUUCUAUUCAUUUAAC